UCGUAUUUUCUGACAUUUGAAGACCAAACAGCACCAUGGCUCCAUGAAUUGUGAAACCACAGGAAGUGUGGCAGCCCUCCCUACCUCCAGCUUUCCUUCCUUAUUGUUACAUUCUUCUCAGGACCUUUGGUUUCAUCCCCACUGGGUGCGGUGGCCUGCCACGGCAUCAGAGCAGAGCAAACAGUUUGCACAUCAGGGAGAGCCAUGGCCUUGAGCUUGUAUGUCUUUCACCUCUUCUAUAAGUUCAAAGUGUUGGUGCUUGUCACUUUGUGUUUGAUGGUGCUAUGGGCCACAUUCAGUUACUUCGUGGACUCCAGACAGGACAGUUACAAAGCUAAGAGCAUGGUGGAGGACAGUCAAAAGGAAGAGAAGAUCGAAUCAAUUGCAAAAGUUCCCACGGUGAAGUUGUUUCACUGCCCAGCUCUGUCUCCGUACCUGCGAGGUGCCAGCAAACUCACCUUCAAAGCAUCUCUCACACUAGAAGAAGUGCAAAAGGAGAACCCUCAGGUAUCCAAGGGCCGGUAUCACCCUGCGGAGUGCUCAGCAUUGCAGCAUGUGGCAAUCCUCAUCCCACACCGCAAUCGAGAGAAGCAUCUGCUGUACCUCCUGGAGCAUCUCCACCCCUUCCUACAGAGGCAGCAGCUGGACUACGGCAUCUAUGUUAUUCACCAGGCUGGCAGCACCAAAUUUAAUCGAGCUAAACUGCUGAAUGUAGGAUACCUAGAGGCCCUAAAAGAAGCGAACUGGGACUGUUUCAUUUUCCAUGACGUGGAUCUGGUGCCAGAAAAUGACUUUAACAUUUACAUGUGUGACAGACAACCAAAGCACCUUGUAGUUGGCAGGAACAAUACUGGAUACAGGUUACGGUACCAGGGAUAUUUUGGAGGUGUAACUGCUCUAACAAGAGAUCAGUUUUCCAAGGUGAAUGGAUUCUCUAACAACUACUGGGGUUGGGGUGGAGAAGAUGACGACCUUCGAAUCAGGGUUGAGAUGCAGAAGAUGAGAGUGGUGAGGCCGUCUCCUGAUGUAGCCAGGUACACAAUGAUCUUCCACAGACGAGACCACGGUAAUGAAGAGAAUGGGGAGAGGAUGAAGCUUCUAGGUCAGGUAUCUAGAACAUGGAAAACAGAUGGGCUGAACUCUUGUUCAUAUAAACUGCUCUCAGUGGAACAUAACCCUUUAUAUGUCAACAUCACGGUGGAUUUCAGCAUGGAGCCGAAGAUCUCAUAAGGGCAAACACCACACAGGUUAUUGGAAACGGCAACAGAUCGUGUUUGUGGUUGCUGUUGCAGCGGAUGACUCUGGCACUCUGCUUGAAGGAGUACUUCAGUAGGAGAGAAGAAAGUUUUUCUUCACAGCAUCUAAUUGGUUGGUUGAGAAUUUCCUUUUGCGAGGACUGGAGAUAGGGACUGACAAAUAGG